GUAAUUUGCAACGGUUAAUAAUCAUAUAUUUUUUCUAGUUAAAUUAAUUUUUUGUCUCUUGAGUUAAAUUUUUAAUUUUAGUAUUUCGUAUGCCCUCUACAAGACUUUGUUCUGUUAAUCUUGACUUGAAUAUUUUCAACAAGAUUUUCUUAAAUAUUUGGCUGAUUCGGGUCGUUUAAAAUAGCCGAAACAUGCUCUAUCGGGCUUAAGUCAGGCAAUCACCGCAUUGCCUGUGGCACUUGAAACGAUUAAGAGCCUUGUUAGAUAACUUUUUUUGACGACCGUCAGUCUUUUAAAAUUAUAUUUUUUUUUUAUGUUCACAUAGGUGUAACUUAAGAGAUACUCGUUGUUACUCCUUGUAUUCCUCCUAAAUGUUGAACUCAAACGUUCCAAAACAACGUAGUACUGUUUAUAUUAGUUGUAACGUAGCAAUAUUUUUAAGUAAUUUGAGCAAGCCAAAACUUUGUAGUAGAUUUGAAGACAUCAAACAAAUUGCUUAUAAAAUAUAAAAUUUUUUGAAUAUAAUAAUUUCUAGCGGCAGUUUCACGACAUCAUGUGCGAGAACUACAAAUUAUGUCUGCAGCCAUCGGAGAAGGAUACGAAUCGACCAUUUACACGCCUGCUUUUGGACAGCUGGCAAAGAGAAUAUGACAAACGCCCUUAUCGGAAUUUUUGCUUCAAUCUUCUUGAAUUUGAAGAACGCUUGCGUCGAAAAUUCCAUCCAGUGUAUGAUUUUUUGGUAAUAGUUAGCUUUCUAAAAAAGAGAGCCCUCUGUUCAGUGCAACUUACAGGAAUUCAUUUUCUACCUUAUGAACACGAUGUACUGCAGAGUUUUGUCGAAAGCGUCAUAACGGUUAAUCAUAUUGAAUUGCGGCAAAUGCAGUUGCCGACAAGAUUUUUUGAGCUGCUGCGAGAUAAAGGUGCACGAAUGAAUGUCAAAGAACUAAUAUUAGAAGGUACAAUUUUGACGGCUCCAGACAUCGACUCUCUUCAUAAGUUCAUUAUUGAAUCGAAAAUUCUUCGGCAUUUGAACGUUUCCAAUUGCAGUGUCACCCAAUAUGGCUUUCCUUUACUAGUCGAUGCCAUUCAUAAAUCUAAUUCCAUGCGAAGUUUCGUAUGUAAUCGGCUAGUCGGCAAACGCAUUACUUUGGACACGACUAAGAUUGCACAUGUAGUAUCCUCACUUAUCUGGCAGAACAAGCUGGAAGAACUGGAAAUGCAAAAAUGUGAAAUUCAAUCCUGCGAUAUGGAAGUAAUUAGCGAGUACUUGGAAACGCCAAAGAGUUCAUUGCGAAAACUAAAUUUCGCUUACAAUUGCAUUGGAUGUGACGGAACUGAGUAUCUUUUUCGUGCCACAGUCCUUAGCAAUACCUUAACCCAUUUAAAUAUUGGUAGUAAUAAAUUGGGAACCAUUGGAGGGCAGACGGUGGCCAAGUAUCUUAGUUCUUGUUAUUUACUUGUCUAUCUUAACAUUACAUGGAAUCACAUUUGUCCAGAUGCUAUGAAUUUAAUUUUAGCAACAAUUAAAAAACCUAUUAAACUACAAAGGAUUGAAAUUAUUGGAAACCAAUUUGAUACCAAAUCUGCUAGCAUUUUGCGACGCCUGCUCGAUGCUGGAGCUCUACCUCAAGCGGGAAUCGAUGUAAUACCUAUUUACGACGAGAGUAUAGCUCAUUAUCGUGUCACUCGAUACAAUUAAAAAUCACAUAUACAUAUAUACAAAUGUAUGCAAAUUAAAUAUUUAUUUGAUAUAAAAACAUACUGCGCAAGAUUGUAAUAAAA